CGGCUCUCUCGCGCGCCUCACCGCGAGAUUCACGCGCCGUUCUCCUCGCGUUCGCACCGUCGCGGCGUUCUCGAGCGCUCCCGCGAUGUCGUCCGCGGUGAAGAAGGUGGAGCCGCUCCGGUUCCCGUUCCAAACCCCCGACCCGUUCCUGUUCGCGGUGUAUCACAACGACGACUACCCCGCCGGGGACGACCAGCUCCGCGCGCCGAGACGAGGCAACGGCGCGGACUUCGACCCGAACAGCGCGUACAGAAUGUACCACGGCGACAGAGUCCCCGGAUUCCCUCAGCAUCCGCACCGCGGGUUCGAGACGAUCACCGCGACGAUGAUAGGCCUCGUGGAUCACACGGACUCGGUCGGGAACGCGGGGCGGUACGGCCACGGCGACGUGCAGUGGAUGACCGCGGGUAAGGGCAUCGUCCACGGCGAGAUGUUCCCUCUCGUGAACGCGGACGCGCCCAACCCGCUGCGAUUGUUUCAGAUUUGGCUCAACCUUCCGGCGCGGAGUAAGAUGGCGGACCCCGCGUUCGUCAUGCACUGGGGCGAGGACGUCGCGACGGCGAAGAGCGCGGACGGGCUGACGACCGCGAUCGUGUGGGCGGGGGAGCUGCUCGGCGCGCGGGGCGGGACGCCGCCCCUUGAGAGCUGGGCCGCGGACGACGCCAACGACGUCGUGGUCGCGUUUAUGACGAUGAAACCGGGUGCGACGUUCGCGUUGCCGCCCGCGCGCGUCGGCGGCGACGCGAACCGGAGCGCGUACUUUUUCGAGGGGAGCGCGCUGCGAUGCGAGGGCGAGACGCUGAGGAAGGGCGUCGCCGUCGAGCUCGACGCGAGCGUCGGCGCGGAGCUGAGCGUCCCGAGCGACGCGAGCGAAGACGCGAUGGUGUUGAUUCUGCAGGGGCGGCCCAUCGGGGAACCCGUCGCGCAGCACGGCCCGUUCGUGAUGAACACGCGAAGCGAGAUCGCGCGGGCGUUCGCGGAUUACGAGAGCACGCGGUUUGGGGGUUGGCCGUGGGACGACGACGCGCCGGUGUUUGGGAAGAAAGGGCGGUUCGCGAAGGUGAACGGCGUGGAGUAUUAUCCCCCGUCCGCGGCGGCGGCGGCGGCGAAAGACGAGCGCUGAGGCGCGUUCUGAUAGCUGUACGUUUAGUACAGCUUGUGUCCAGUGUGGACCGAAGGUCCACUCUGCCGUCACUCUGUUCUGUUCCGUUGAGAGCAUUUAAUUUUGUCUGGUAGUCAACCCACGUUCGCUCGUUC